GCGGCGGCGGGGCCGCCCUUUCGGCCUGAGCGGCAGCGGCGUCUCGUCCCCCCCAGCGGCAGCGGCUCCGGCGAGAACAUGGCGGACCAGGCCAUCUCCUUCCUCAAGGACUUCCUGGCGGGCGGCGUCGCUGCCGCCAUCAGCAAGACGGCCGUGGCGCCCAUCGAGCGYGUCAAGCUGCUGCUACAGGUGCAACACGCAAGUAAGCAGAUUGCUGCUGAUAAGCAGUACAAGGGUAUCAUCGACUGUGUAGUGCGCAUUCCAAAGGAGCAAGGAGUGCUGUCCUUCUGGCGUGGGAACUUGGCAAAUGUCAUCAGAUACUUCCCCACUCAAGCCCUUAACUUUGCCUUCAAGGAUAAGUAUAAGCAGGUGUUCUUAGGAGGAGUAGACAAGCACACACAAUUCUGGAGGUAUUUUGCCGGUAACCUGGCUUCUGGUGGUGCAGCUGGAGCCACUUCCCUCUGCUUUGUCUACCCCUUGGAUUUUGCAAGAACCCGUUUGGCUGCUGAUGUCGGAAAAGCUGKUGCAGACAGAGAAUUCUCUGGUCUGGGGGACUGUCUAGUCAAAAUCACCAAGUCUGAUGGUCUGCGUGGCUUGUACCAAGGGUUCAAUGUCUCUGUCCAGGGUAUCAUCAUCUACAGAGCGGCCUAUUUUGGAAUCUAUGAUACAGCAAAAGGCAUGCUCCCCGAUCCCAGAAAUACCCACAUUGUUAUCAGCUGGAUGAUUGCACAGACAGUGACUGCUGUGGCUGGUGUGGUCUCCUACCCUUUCGACACAGUGCGGCGUAGGAUGAUGAUGCAGUCGGGGCGCAAAGGAGCUGAUAUCAUGUACUCUGGAACAAUUGACUGCUGGCGGAAGAUUGCAAGGGAUGAGGGAGGAAAAGCCUUCUUCAAGGGUGCAUGGUCCAAUGUUCUCAGAGGCAUGGGGGGAGCUUUUGUCCUUGUGCUGUACGAUGAAUUCAAGAAAGUCAUUUAAAAGUAGCCUGACUAGCAUUGGAAAUCAAGUUGAGCAGAUCAUGUAGAAUAACUACCAUUAUGGACCAUUGACCUUCAAGAAAUUCCUGUGAGUCUUAUUUAUCGGAGCCAGAUAUUUGUAGAUGGGGCAAGAAACUGGUACAAGAGACUGAUCCAUGGCCUGCAUGGGAACACUGCAGCUGGCAAUUCAGCACAGUCUUUUUUUUUUUUUUUUUUUUUUCUUUCCCAGCAAUGCAACAAUGAAAAAUCAAUGUCAUUGGUUCCGGGUCCAAAGUAGCUGGGUCCAAUUCAGGCAGAAAAUUGUUUGCCUUGGAUCAGUCCCCCAGUUUCAAGYCCCAUCUCCUAGGACCAUAAAAUUGUAUUUGAAAGUAUUGCUAACAGAUCAUGUCUUUUCCACUUGUACUGAAGCACUAUGUACCAUUUUGCACAGCUGAACAUCUAGCGAUUMUAUUCUUAAAUUGGGGCAUUCUGCUGUAAAACAAUAAACAUACUUACUCUGUCUGUGUUGAAAUUCUUACAUUUAAGCUUUGGGAAGACCUCUCCUGGUUAAAAAUUUGUUUCAGAUAAUGGUUUCUGAUAAAUCUACACUUCACUACAGCAGAAUAAGCUUGGGUUUUUUUUCAGUUGAGUGCGAGAUCCUUAUGGCAAGGGGAAGCAUGGGUUGUAAUAAUAGAAACCACUCCUUUGUGCCUGAUAGUUCAUGAUGGGCUGCUGCAAGUGGCUUUUUGCAUGAUUCACUCUGUUUUGCAAUGUGUCAUGUAAUGUAAAACAAGGAUUUUUUUUUUCAUUGUAGCGCUARAAGGGUAACCCAGAGUCCCAAGGGUAGUCAAAAACAAGUUAGCAAUGCUCUUGGUAAAACAGCAUAAAGUGAAAUACUAAAAUUAAAAAAAAGGCAACACAGCAUUCAUGCAAAAACCCAGAAACUUUGUGAAAUGCCUUCAAUUUGUAAGUAAUCUUUCUCUCUUGUACUGUUGCUGCUAUCUGGAAGUGCCCUUCAGGAUCCUAUUUGGACUGACAUGUAGCAGCAACGAGUACUGUCAUGGAAGAUGAAUUUUAAACUGAAAGUUCAUUCCAAAAGGUGAAGUUGGCUGAGGAGGGAAGAUGUAUGAAAUAUGUAUGUUUCUGCUAACUGUAAAAUAUGGAUUAAAAAUAGGUCAGCCUUCAGUUUGCAACUCAUUAUUUGCUAAGUUCUAGUCUGAAGACUAAAGGCAGUCUGAACAGUUUCUCAUACUGCUAUCUGGAAUAUAGUAAUACCUAUCUGCUCUUCUCUAUGUAUAUAAAUCUUCCUUUUUUUGUACUUUAUAAUAUACAAAGAUCUGUUUCCUUAAGCAGCUAGGUCAGGGGACCAGCAUAGGAAAACAAGGUGUUCAUCUUCCAGUCAUGUUAAAAAAAGCCUCAACGCCUGGGUGUAGAUAAGGAAAAAAAAAAUGCCUAACGGUCACUGUGGCUGACUGAGCUGUCCAAGGGUUUUUGUGUGCCUUCUGAGGUUGCUACUCAAGAUGAGGUAUAUUUAAAUUAAUUACUCUUGCUUUGGCUGAUGAUAACCUUCCUCUCUGAUAGGGCGUUCCUUUCACUAUUGCACAAGCACUGCUUUCAGCAUCCCUAUGAAUGUAAGUACGUAGCUACAUUGUAUACAGGCUAAUAGGAAACWUUAUGUACCUGCUGCAAGCAACUCUUUAAGUGUUUUAAUCUUGUUCAAUGAUGUGGUGUGGGUAGGUCACUUGCUACUGACCUUGCCGAUCAAGCUGCUGUUUCGGUUGUAAUUAUGCUGAUUGGGGGGCAAUGGUUGUAUCUGUACAAAUGUCACUCGGUUUGUUUUUCUAGGUAUAAAAGGGGGGAAUUCUAAGCGCUGUCCUAUGGCUCGAAAGGUGGAAAUAAGGACAGAGCACCUUCUGUAACCUUUCUGAACACGUGGUGGCCCCAGCUUGUGAGAAAGAACCAAACUUGGCAAUGACAUGAACUGCCCUUGAGAAGCGGGAGGGCAUGGGAUUUCUCAUGCUCUUCUCAACCCUCUCCAGAAUUAGUUUUCAAGCA